AAGACCAAAGUCGCUCUUUGGGUUUGGUCUUCCUCAACAGCGUCGUCUUUCUCGGCCAUCUCGGCUUCUCAACUCUCGUCUGUCUCGUCUGUCUCGUCUGUCUCAACUCUCUCGCCUUCCCUCGACUGCCUCGACUGCCUCGGCCACUCCGUUGGCUCUCGCUCGCACGCUCGCUCAUUCGCUCUCGACUGAGGCACCGCCAGUCCAGACGCUAUCGACAACCGCACCCCCUUUGGUCCUCCUUCCGUCUUCACCCCGCUGCCUGGCAUGAUUCCCAAGUUCCAGCUCGUCGUGGCCGUGCUCGAAAACAUCCUCGUGGCCGCUGGCCUGCUGAUCGUCCUGAUCCUGCAUUCGUCGUCGCUGUACUCGUCCUGUUCGCUGUUCACCUACCUGGUCAUCUCGGCCACCCUGCACUGCAUCUACAUCCCGCGCAUCUUCAUGCAGUACAUCUGCGACCAUCUGCUGCUGCCCAAGUAUUCGACCUACAUCCAGGGACUCUGGUCCGUCGUCUUCGUCGUCAACGUCUUUACCUGGCUCGUCGGCCAGUGGGAGACCUACAACACCGCUCCAAACCCCAGCCCCGAUCUCUCGCCAGGGGACUGCGCCUCGAUCCUGUUCUACACAAGCGUUGCCCUUAUUGUCGAAACCUAUAUCUCCUGGAUAGCCUGGAUCGUCUACGAAUUGCUGGCGCUUCGAUACGGCUGGUCCGCUGCUCCCCCGUCCCCAGAAGACUUUACAUGGCACCUCCCGGCCCUUCCAAGUAUCCCGCAUGAUGACACUCCGAACAAGGACUGGCACCAAGGCGACGUCCACGAGAAUCUGCCAUCGACCAAGGUCGCCGGAGUCUCGUCGUCGUCGUCCCUGACGGACGUCACUGCCAUCGGCAAGCACAGCCGUUCAACGACCGAGCAGGGUGUCAUGAAGAGCUUCCCCGCCUUCCAAACCGCCCCCUUCUCCGACGCCUACAAGAAGAGCAUUGAGUUGCGGUCCGGUAGUGUCAGCCAGCUGCCCGGCGAAUCCAUCAUCCUCUCUCCGAUCGAGCCCAUUCCUCGGACACUUCCAGGUGUCGCGGCAGCAGCCGUGGCGACGACUUCGGCCCAGGACCCAGUCCAGGACCCAGCCCAAGCCCAAUCUUCCGAACCAGCGGUGCAAUAGUCAGCUGCUUCUGCUCCAGCUCAGCGACCACCCAAACUCGACGAGAAUCACCGUCGCGCCUUUGGCCUGCCUUACACAACGUUACCCCAUUCCGCCUGAUAUUUUGUGCCCCUGCCGAUAUACGACUCUGGCAGGUGCAAAGUUUUGACAAUCCCGAUGCCGUCCGUUUCGUGUCCGCCCUCGCCCCGUUUCUCCCUGACCUGCGACCCCCAAGUCGCCUCCACCCACUCCCAGCGGUGUAUCCCUUGUAUAUCUCCCCUCCACUCUGUUGUCCCCGGCCGUCUGAGCAAUCGCACAUGAACCAAGUGGUUAUCCCCUCGUCAUCGUAAUAUAGAACGUGCAGAACGAUACAAAGCGCUUGUC